AUGCGUUGCAUUUGCUUCAAACCAUGGCGUCGUUCGCCAUCUCCCUCGGUUAAAUCCACCGUCGUCGACGAACUUGAUAAUAGUAACAAAGACCGCGAGGGAAGCUCUUGUCCGAGAUUCCGGGAAUUCACUUUGGAAGAGUUGAAUGUCGCUACUGACGGAUUCUCCGCCGACAACAUCGUGUCGGAACACAACGAGAAGGUUCCUAACAUCGUCUACGAAGGGACGCUUGACGAUGGAAAAAAGAUUGCCGUAAAGCGGUUUCAGAAGCUGUCAUGGCCUGACGCCUCCGAGUUCGUCGAAGAAGCACAAGAAGUGGGAAAGUGUAGGAGUGAGGAUAUGGUCAGUUUGAUAGGGUGUUGCUCAGAGGGUCAAGAGAGGCUUCUCGUUGCUGAUUACAUGCCCAAUGGAACACUUGCAAAGCAUCUAUUCCACUGGGAGAAACGACCAAUGAAAUGGAAAAUGAGGUUGAAGGUUGCGUUACAUACAGCGAAAGCCUUGGAGUAUUGUAAUGAUAUGGGACUGGAUUUGUACCAUGAUCUCAACACCUACAGAAUAUUGUUCGAUAAGGUUGGUAACCCUAGGCUGUCAUGUUUCGGUCUCAUGAAGUGUAUCAGAGAGGGGAAGAGCUACAGUACAAACUUGGUAUUUGCUCCUCCUGAAUAUUUGCGUCUAGGUACUCUGGUACCGGAGAGUAGCAUAUUCAGCUUUGGGACCUUGUUACUGGAUCUUAUGAGUGGCAAACAUAUUCCACCAAAUCAUGCACUUGAUCUCUUCCGUGGCAAAAACUACUUGGUGCUAAUGGAUUCUGCUCUAGACGGUCAGUUCUCUGAUGAAGACAGGGCAGAACUAAUCCACCUUGCAUCCCGCUGUUUUCGGCGUGAACCAGACGAGAGACCAAGCAUAAAGUUUCUUAUGUCUGCUCUUUCAAGACUUGAGAAACGAGCUGAGUUAUGGCCAAAACUCAAAGAAGAAAACAUCCCUGAUCCAUCAUACACUAAACCUGCAACAAAUCAGCCAUUGCGCUUGACCCCUCUUGGAGAAGCAUGCUCAAGAGUGGAUCUAAGUGGCAUACACGAACUUCUCGAGAAACUUGGAUAUGGAGAGGACGAUGUGUCAGUCACAAAUGAGUUCUCAUUCCAAAUGUGGACGGGUGAUCUGCAAGAGAAUACUGAUUACAAAAAGCAUGGAGAUGCUGCAUUUCGUGCUAAGGAUUUUGAGACUGCUAUUGAAUUCUACACAGAGUUCAUGAGCGGAGCACCAGUGGUAUCACCAACAGUAUUAAUCAGACGGUGUCUAUGUUACCUAAUGAGCGAUAUGUUCAGUGAGGCUCUAAGCGAGGCGAUGCAAGCUCAGGUUGUGUCGCCAGAGUGUUCAACCGCUCUCUACUUACAAGCGGCUUGUCUCUUAAAGCUUGGGAUGGAAGCAAAAGCUAAAGAAGCACUACAACAGGGCUCUGCUCUCGAAGCUGUUUAGAGUUACAACGACAACAAAACCAAGAAUUGUACAGCUUCUUCUUCCUCUCCACACGUAUUUAGAGAUGUCAAUACACGCAAAGCAUAUAUAAUUGUUUGCUUCUUUACCUAUGUUUG